UGUUAUGUUUUCCACAAACAUGAAAAAUCCCCUUUCGACCUCCCUCUCAUCUACCAUCUUUAAUAAAACAGACGACAGAUUAGAAAAGAACAAGGUUAGAAACAAUGGGUUAUGGAGAAAGUCAAACGUUAAGGAAGAAUACGAAGCAGCCUUCAGAACAAACUCUUACAUUGAAAUCACAACCCCCACCGACGACACAUCGUCCGCCCCAUGUCGGCUCCAACCAGACCAAGACCUAAUUCUCCACGACAUGUCGUUCCAGAGCUCCCAUAUUGAUCAUCAUCUUCUUGUUCACUACUUGGAAGCCAGUUUUCAAGCUUUUGAAACCUGCCAACUUCUCCUCCAAGCCCUCCACCAAACGAAGAUCAGCCACGCCAUUGCCAAAAGAUCAGUCGUCAAUUACCUCACAAGAAGGGCUUCAACGGUGGACGACGACGAUAACGGCAAUAACGGCGACGGCGACCGUGUUGUUUAUGGGGAGUUGGCUUAUUUUUCCCACCUCGAAAACCCUUUCUCCAUUGCCAGCCAUGCCCAUUUUCUUGCCUUACACGACACCCAUUUGGAGUUGCUUCAUGACCUAACUCACAAACGAAAUCAGGCUCGAAGAAAGUUGAGGUUGAAAAAGAUCUGGAAGAAAUUGGGCAGAGCUUGUUUUGUGAUAUCAAAUGCAGCGGUUUUGGGCGCUCUGUUGGUUCUAGCUCUACAUAGUCUCAUCGGAGUAGUGGCGGCACCAGGGUUGAUCAGUUGCUUCGUAAGCUUACCGAAGAAGAAAAGAGAUGGUACGCCUGUUUCGUCGGAGCUCGUCCUUCGACAAAUGGAGAUUGUGAUGAGAGCGACGUAUAUAACGAUGAACGACUUGGAUACGUUGAGUCGAAUGGCAGCGAGGCUCGAGGGUGAGAUGGAGCAUCUGAGAGCCAUUGGCGAGAUGUGGAUGAGAAGCAGCAGCAGAAUAAGAAGUGAGAUAUUGAAGGAGGCUGUUGCAGAAGAUGAGGCCAUUGUGGAGCAAAUGAAGGAGCUUCAACAACAUAUCUACUUGUGUUUUCUUACCAUAAAUAGGUCUAGAAGGCUUGUUAUGAAGGAAAUUAUUAUGGGAGAUAGGGAUCAAAAUGGGUGAUGAAUAUACUAGCCAGAUCAAUUCAUUUAUUUUAUUUGUUUCUUGGUUUUAGUUUUAGAACUAUUCUUUGGGUUGGGUUGGAGUUUGUUAUUUCUUUUUUUUUUUAUUGAAAAAAGAAAGAGAAAUAGAUAAUUAAGUAAUCAUUUAUUGUUCCUCGUUACUUUACAAUUUAAUUUUUUU